AUGGAUGUUCGCCGUCGGCCUCCUAGGCCACCGCGUGUGACGGCGGAUGCCACUCUUGAAAGUGAGCGGCACCACCGGCUGAAGCCGACGGGGGCCGUGGACGGGCCACCUUCUCCUCCGACUCCAAAAGCCUCGGAUGCACUGCCUCUUCCUCUCUACCUCACCAACGGCAUUUUCUUCACCCUCUUUUUCUCUGUCGCGUACUACCUCCUCCACCGGUGGCGCGACAAGAUCCGAACGCACACUCCGCUCCACGUCGUUACUCUCUCCGAAAUCGCCGCUAUUGUUUCUCUGAUCGCAUCCUUCAUCUAUCUCCUGGGUUUCUUCGGCAUCGAUUUUGUACAAUCUUUCAUUUCGCGUGCUUCUCACGACGCCUGGGACGUGGACGACGAUGCUCCUAAUCAUUUCAUCAUCGAUGAAGAUCGCCGCCGCGGGCCGUGCCCUGCCUCCAUAGAAUGUCCCGUGCCUCCGAUCACCGCCAUUGCAUCUCCGUCGAAAAUGGUAGAUCCGGCGCCGGUUAAAUUGCCCGAAGAGGACGAGGAAAUCGUUAAAUUAGUAGUUUCCGGGACGAUUCCGUCGUACUCGCUCGAAUCGAAGCUCGGAGACUGUAAGCGCGCGGCGUCGAUUCGCCGUGAGGCGCUGCAGAGACUGACAGGCAAGUCGCUUCUGGAACUGCCGUUUGAAGGAUUUGAUUACCAAGCAAUUUUAGGGCAGUGCUGUGAGAUGCCAGUCGGAUACGUGCAAAUUCCCGUGGGGAUCGCCGGACCGUUGUUACUUGACGGGUUAGAGUAUUCGGUGCCGAUGGCGACGACGGAAGGGUGUUUGGUAGCCAGUACCAACAGAGGUUGUAAGGCGAUCUAUGUGUCUGGUGGAGCAACGAGCAUGGUGUUGAGAGAUGGGAUGACGAGAGCCCCAGUGGUGAGGUUCGCGACAGCAAAGAGGGCUGCAGAAUUGAAGUUUUUCUUGGAGAAUCCGGAAAAUUUCGAGACUUUGUCAGUCAUUUUUAACAGAUCGAGUAGAUUUGCAAGGCUGCAAAGUAUUCAAUGUGCUAUGGCUGGGAAGAAUCUUUACAUAAGAUUUAGCUGCAGCACUGGUGAUGCAAUGGGCAUGAACAUGGUUUCGAAAGGGGUUCAAAAUGUCCUGGAUUUCCUUCAAAAUGACUUCCCAGACAUGGAUGUUAUUGGCAUCUCUGGAAAUUUUUGUUCAGACAAGAAACCAGCUGCUGUAAACUGGAUUGAAGGGCGUGGUAAGUCCGUGGUUUGUGAGGCAGUCAUCAAGGAGGAUGUGGUAAGGAAGGUGUUGAAAACAAACAUAGCAGCCCUGGUAGAGCUUAACAUGCUCAAGAACCUUGCUGGUUCUGCGGUUGCUGGUGCUCUGGGUGGAUUUAAUGCCCAUGCUGGCAACAUUGUGUCUGCAAUAUUUAUAGCCACUGGCCAGGAUCCGGCCCAAAAUGUUGAGAGUUGCCACUGCAUUACAAUGAUGGAAGCUGUUAAUGAUGGGAAGGAUCUUCACAUCUCUGUGACCAUGCCUUCUGUCGAGGUGGGAACAGUUGGAGGUGGGACUCAACUUCCAUCUCAAUCUGCUUGUCUAAACCUACUGGGCGUAAAGGGUGCAAGCAAAGAGUCACCAGGAUCAAACUCAAAGCUGUUGGCCACCAUCAUAGCCGGUUCAGUUUUGGCCGGGGAGCUCUCCUUAAUGUCUGCCAUUGCAGCCGGACAGCUUGUCAAGAGCCACAUGAAAUACAAUAGAUCCAGCAAAGACGUGUCCAAAGUUGCCUCUUAGAAAGAAAGCCCCAGCGGAAGACUUGAAAUUUAUGGAAAUAGAAGCUAAGUCCAUGUGAAAUUGCUUUCUGUCAUAGCUGUAAAGCACGCAAUUAUGAAAGCUGAGAAGGUAGACGCGUAACAUCAAUUAUUGUUCUUAAUUCUGGUCCACCCUCUCUCUCUCUCUCUCUCUGUAUUUUGUAGCAUCCUUUGCAAUUUGUGAGCUUAGAGGCCCCCUUCAAAUAUCUGGUCUGUAUCUUGUCCUAAUUGUGAAUUUUUAGCUUCUGCCUUCUCCCAUUAUUUUUUUUCUUUCCUCUAGCUGUCUCUGUUAUUUGUUUGUAUUAUGGGGAGAGACGAACUUCUGAAAUUGUUUGGGACUGUCUGGUGUUCUCUGUGGUGUGUUUUAAUUUUUAAUUUUUAAUUUUAGUUUUUUCUACAGUGGAAUGAAAGUUGGGGAAAACUCACCUUUUAGUUUGUGGCAUGUAACAAUCAGUUUAAUUGCCUGUGCUUGUAUGAAUAAAAAAUUAUUGGGAAA